AUGGCAUUAAGAGUUCUCUCUGCCCUGGCUAUAGCAAGCCUCGGCUACGCUAGUUCCCAGAGUUCCUGCAAGUGUACCCCAAAUGAUACAUGUUGGCCCUCCGUUGAUGCCUGGAACACUUUGAACACCACUGUGUCGGGGAAACUUAUCCACAAUCUCCCUCUGGCGAUUUCGUGCUAUCCCGGUGUUUACCAGAAUGACGAGGAAUGCGCCUAUGUCUACUCACAAUGGUACAAUUCUACUUUCCAGGAGCUUUCUCCUGUGGGAUACGUCUAUCCCACUGAUUCCACUUGCCCCCCAAUUGAUUUGAGUACGAGCGAAAGCUCCGGAACAUGCGUGCUGGGACCUGCCCCGGUCUAUACCAUCAAUGCAACAGAACCGGAAGAAUUGGCAGCUGGAAUGGCAUUUGCGCAGAAGAACAAUAUCCGUCUUGUUGUGAGGAACACAGGCCACGAUAUGCUUGGAAAGUCUGAAGGUUAUGGAGCGCUCCAAAUCUGGAUCAAGUACAUACAAAAAGGGAUUGUGGUUCAAGAUACUUAUUCACCGUCGAAUAAAUGCACGAAAAGUGAAUGGACUGGCUCUGCCCUUACUAUCGGAGGUGGCUAUGUCUGGGAGGAUGUCUACGACGUCGUCUUUCCGCGUAAAUUGACCGUUGUUGGAGGGGGUGACCCAACUGUUGGCUGCAUUGGAGGUUAUACUCAGGGAGGCGGCCAUUCCCCAGCCAGUCAUGAUUACGGUCUCGCUGCGGAUCAAGUACUGGAAGCCCAAGUGGUCCUCGCAGAUGGCACCCUCGUCACAGCCAGUGCUUGUCAAAACUCUGAUCUGUACUUUGCGAUUCGAGGUGGUGGUGGUGGCAGCUACGGAGUCGUCACUUCUAUGACUGUUAAACUAUAUCCCUCGAAGUCUGUCGUCGCUCAGUCUCUUGCCAUCAUCCCAUUGAGCAAUGAUACAGAUACACUGUUGGAGGCUGUGACUGAUAUUUAUGCUGAUUACCCCAGCCUCAUGGAUGCUGGUUUCUCGGGAUAUGGAUCAUGGUCCAUCAACAGCCCCCAAGUCCUCUUUGACGAUCAAACAGUUGGUUAUGUGCAUGCACUUGCAGCGAUGGGCAAAUCACUUUCGGAAGCACAGAGUGAUUUCAACCCACUUCUGCUCAAGCUGCAGAAAUAUAACGGCACGUCACUAUUUGUCUCGGUUAGCUGGUACCAAUUCCCAACCUACGCAUCAUACUACCAGGCCAUGUCUGGUGUCCACCAGUCUGUUGGAUCGGCAAACUCCGCAAUGACUUCCCGAAUGUUUAGCAAGGCUGCUCUUACUACCAGCCGCACUGCUCUUCGCAGCAUCAUUGGAAUCAUUGCUGGCGAGGAGGAGCAGUAUACCAUCAAUAGUGUUGAGCUUAUUGGUGGUGGUAAGGUUCUGACCGACGGCAGUGAUCCCUACUCUGGGCUCAACCCAGCUUGGAGAUCUACAUACAUUGUGAAUGUGGUUGCUAGAGGCUGGGCUGAUGAUUCAGAUGCCGCCACGGUCCAGAGCGUCAAAAACGACAUUACAUACGUCAAAGGCGGGGCAAUGAGACUUAUGACACCAUUUUUAGGCAGCUAUAUGAAUGAGGCCGACCGCAAUGAUCCACUGUGGGCGUGGGACUUUUAUGGAACCAAUUAUGCCCGUCUCGUUCAGAUCAAGGCCAAAUAUGAUCCCAAGGGUCUCUUCUACUGCCCUACCUGCGUGGGAAGUCCAUCAUGGUACCAGAAAUAUCUAGAUGGAAAGGAUUAUGGUCCUCUUUGUCCCACUGGUCUCUAA